UCAUCCAAACUAGUGUGAUUAUUAUAUUUUAUUAAACCUUAUAAAAUUAAGUUAAAAAUAAAAAAAAUAAAGAUUUCUUUUUUAUAAAAAAUAAUAGUCGUUAAUAUCUACUUUAUUAUUUUAUAUACCUAUCUAUAUUUUAUAUUAACAAACUUUAUAUAACAUUUUUAACCGGCCUCAUUAUGAGGGUCUAUUUGUUAAAAGCUGUCUCGAAUACUAUCAGAAAACAAUGCUAUUCCACCAAAAAUGUGAAGAAGGUUACCCAUUGCAUCUUCGAUAUGGACGGUCUUCUUUUAGACACCGAGCAGGUCUACAAAAAAAUGAUUACACAGAUCUGUGCCAAAUAUGGUCAUAAUUACACGGAGGAAUUAAUGAUGAAAGUUCUUGGUGGUACAGAACAGAGAUUGUCAGAGAUUCUAUGUAAAGAUUUAAAUCUUCCCAUAACACCUAAGGAAUUUCGUGAUCAGUUAUUAGAGUUGGGUGAUACUAUGCUUGCUGGAAGUCCAUUAUUGGAUGGAGCGGAGAGAUUGAUACGUCAUCUCCAUCAAACGAAAGUACCGUUCGCACUCGCAACAUCGUCUAGUGCACGAUCCGUCGAAACAAAAGUAGCUAAAUACAAGGAACUCUUCAGCUAUUUCCAUCACAUGGUUAUGGGUAGUACAGACAAGGAAGUUAAGUUUGGAAAACCGCAUCCAGAUAUAUUUUUGGUGGCAGCAGCUAGGUUCCCUGACAAACCUAAACCUGAAAAGUGUUUGGUAUUCGAAGAUUCUCCACACGGCGUGACAGCUGGCGUGUCCGCGGGUAUGCAAGUGGUUAUGGUACCAGAUCCUCACUUGGACAAGAGACUCACCACUCACGCCACUAUAGUACUACCAACGCUUGCCAAAUUCCAACCAGAAAUCUUUGGAUUACCAGCUUUCCAGUGACACUAUUGAUUUGUGUAGGAACAAAGAAAUAGAACUGAAUCCAAUUUUUAAUUUAUCAAGUAGAAUUUAGAUGAGUGCUUAGUAUUAUGAUUUUUAUGUACAAAAUGAAAGAAAAAUAGGGUUUUUUUUGAUUUUGUGUAAUGGUACAUGGUAGUGAUUAGUAUAGUCAUACACAGCCUUUUAUUCUGGUCACUUAUAAGACAACUUUAUGCCAAAGAUACUAGUGGUAGUCGAGGCAAAUGAGUGUUGAUGAAAAGGUAUCUAGUCUUUUAUUCAUGUA